AUAGAAGUGAUGACGUAUAUACGCACAAAAAAGGAUGCGGACGACGGAGAUUGAAAUGAUAGUCCAUUGGAUGAAUUCAAUGCUGUACGCGUGUUCACUUAGAUUUUUUUUUUAUUCCUUAUUAAACAUGUCUACUGUUAUUGACGAAAACCAAGUACCCAAGAUUCCUAAUCUUGCUCUUGCCCAUCACCGUUUCAUCAUUAAUCAAGGUCCAGCUGAAUUAAAAGAGGAUGCAAAGAACACGCUUUUUGAAGCCAUCAAAGAAAACAGUAGGUGACAUGACUAUCAAAUCACAGUAUCUUAUACAGAAUAGAUAUGGCGCCCUUCUACAAGGUUAUGGUAGAGGAACUCCAAGCACCUUUUGACCAAGCUUUGUAUGAUAGUAUGGUGGCAAAGAACACGGAAGAAUUGAAAAAAAUGGACGAUAAAGCAGUUGAUGCUGAGCAAAACCAAGGUGAAACAGAAGUCAACGAAGCCUUUUUGGCCAAAGCUGAUUACUAUGCCAAGAUCGGUGACAAAGAAAAUGCUUUAUCAGCCUAUGAAGCUUUACUUAAGCGAUCUAUCACAUUAGGCACACGUAUUGAUGUUGUCUUUACAUUUGUCCGUAUUGGUUUGUUUUUCAGCGAUAAUGCACUUGUUCGUUCCAACAUUGAAAAGCUUCGAGAAUUGAUUGAACAAGGUGGUGAUUGGGAUCGUCGUAACCGUCUCAAGGUAUAUGAAGGUGUCUAUCUCAUGUCCAUUCGCGACUUCAAGGGUGCUGCUCUCUUGUUUUUGGAUACCUUGAGUACAUUCACAAGCACUGAAAUCAUGUCCUAUCAAGAUUUCGUUAAAUAUGCUGUCUUGACCAGUUUGAUCAGCAUGAAGCGUGUUGAUAUUAAGAAGCGAGUCCUUGAUGCCCCAGAGAUUUUGGAAGUGAUUUCUGAUAUUCCUCAUCUUGAAGACUUUAUGGCUAGUUUAUACAACUGUAAAUACGAUCAAUUCUUCCGUGCAUUAGCUGCUGUUGAACAAUCUCAUUUGCGUACAUCGCGUUAUCUUUUCCCUCACAUGCGUUAUUAUGUGCGUGAAAUGCGUAUCUUGGCUUAUGCUCAAUUAUUAGAGAGUUAUAGAUCAUUGACAGUGACAAGUAUGGCACAAGCCUUUGGUGUGAGUGAAGCAUACAUUGAUCAGGAUCUUUAUAAAUUCAUUGCAGCUAGUCGUCUUAAUUGUGUCAUUGACAAAGUGAAUGGUAUCAUUGAAACAAACAGACCUGACGCAAAGAAUGCUCAAUACCAAGCUGUUAUCAAGCAAGGCGAUGUCUUGUUGAACAGAGUUCAAAAGUUGAGUCGAGUUAUUGAUGUUUAAAUAAAAUUCUCUUUUUAUACACAUUGAAAA